AUGUUUCGAUAUUUUUUCAAACGGGUUAAUGAUUUUGUGAACAAUUUUCUCAAUCAUAGUGGAAUUCAUGGUUUUGUUUAUCUUGGAAAUACUUUUGUUCUACACAUUUUUGAAAAGUUUUUUUGGUUGGGUUUAAUAUGUGGUGCACUCUACUUAACCAUACAUUUUAGUUUAGAAAGUUGGGAUCGAUAUUUGCAUAAAAAUAUUGUCGUUUCAAUAGAACGUGACCAUUAUUAUUGGAAUACUUCUCUACCAAGUUUUACUGUAUGUCCUAUGGAAAGAUUGAAUAGAAAUAUUUAUAAUAAAUACAUUCAAAUGCACGAUUUGACGCAUGACGAAAAAGAAGAACUUUUCGACUUCUUGGAAUCACUUGCUAAUUCAACUUACAUCAACUUUCAAAAUAUUAAAAAUACUUCAAAUACUGAUAAUAUCUUAAAGAAGCUUAACAUUUCAUCGUCUACUUAUUUAAAUCUUAUUUAUAAUCUCACUGAAGAUUUAACUAUCAGAAAAAUGAAAUAUUUGGAGAAUAAAAUGAAAUAUGAAUAUUUAAAAGUCACGCAAGUGCUAACAGAAUAUGGUUUGUGUUAUGUCACAAAUAAUUUUCUUGCAAAUAAUCUUUCAACAAGCUUUCUAUUAGAAAAUAAAAUUUCUGAGCUGCAUUCUUCUUUUGAUGGCAAGCUAGUUCAUGAUGUAGUGUCGGCUAACAUUUUUGAUGGUCGUACUUCUUUCAACCUCCUUGGAUUUCCUUCUCCAAUAACAGUUUUCAUGCAUAGUGCUUAUGAAACCAUGAAUAUCGCACGUACUUAUGGGUAUAUAAAUGAGACCUUUGAGUUUACUACGCAUUCUUCAGAGAUAAUCACAACAGAUACACUUAAAGAGGACACAUCUAUUUCACAACGCAAUUGCCGUUUUCACAGUGAAUCCAAUUUGACACAUUUUAAAGUUUAUACAAAAUAUCUUUGCAUGUCGGAAUGUCGAUUGAAUAUAGCACUAGAUUUAUGUGGUUGUAUUCCAUGGUUUUAUUUCAAUGAAGUAUCAAAUCCAAAACCUAUCUGCUCAUAUCAUCAACUCAAAACAUGUUUUCCCAAUAAGAAGGAGUUGUUUCUGGAGUUUAAAAAUCCUCAGUCAUCGAAAAAGGAAAGAAAAUUUGAAUGCUUUUGUCUACAAAACUGUAUUAAUUCAUUCGUUGUCGUGGAUGAAGCUAAACCAAUGCUGCUAAGACAGUAUUUAAAUGGCAUUGGUAUUUUGAGUGCAACGGAGAAAUAUCCGCAACUUCGUUAUAUUCGCGAAGAGAUUUUCACCUUAACAGAUUUCUUCGUUUCUGUCGGUGCUACCGCUGGACUUUUUCUUGGCUUAUCUGUGUUAGGGUUUAUUGAAAUAUUUUACUACUUUUCCAUAAGAUUGUUCUUGUUCAUCACUGAAUGA